UUGCUCUGUCCAAUCAUGGAGCUACAGAACCACGUGGGACCUACUAAAGAAACCAAUCGCUGCUUUGUCUUUGACUCGACACCAGAAAACAUGGCGGCGCACAUAAGCAGGGCUGUCGGACUGCUCCGUCCACAGGGGACCCACUGGCUCCAGCCUGCAGUCUGGCAGCUGUAUACUGAAGCGUGGCGUCAUCACCAUCACUCUGCAGGCUCCUCGCUGCGCUACAUCCCCCGUAGGGCAGUUCUCUACUGCCCUGGCAAUGAUGAACGAAAAUUGAAGAAACUUGCCUCACUGGAUGUCGACUGUGCCGUGUUGGACUGCGAGGAUGGAGUGGCAUUCACCAAAAAGACGGAAGCCAGGGAGACCAUAGCCCGGAUGUUGGCAGAACUGGACCUGGGCCGAACAGAGAAGUGUGUGAGGGUGAACUCCGUGUCCAGCGGCCUAGCUCAGGAUGACCUGCAGGUCAUUUUGCAGGGAAAGGUUCUUCCUCCAGCCAUCAUGUUGCCCAAAGUAGAGGAGACCGAUGAAGUCAAAUGGUUUGUUGACAGGUUUCAACACAGCUUGAAAGGACGGACGCUGACAGAACCCGUUCGCCUCAUCACCUUUGUGGAAACCGCUGUGGGUCUGCUCAAUUUUAAGACUGUGUGUGAGGAAAUCCGUCACAUUGCUCCUAAAGCAGCUCUGCAUCAUGAUGGCGUGGUGUUUGGCUCUGAUGACUUCUGUGCCAGCAUCGGAGUCACACGAACCAAAGAUGCUGUGGAGCUUCUCUACGCCAGGCAGAAGGUGGUCGUGACCAGCAAAGCUUUUGGGCUGCAGGCUGUCGACCUGGUUUAUGCCGACUAUAAAGACGUGGAGGGUCUGAGGCAGCAGGCCAGAGAGGGAGCUCUCAUGGGCUUCACAGGUAAGCAGGUGAUUCAUCCGUGGCAGAUCCAGCCUGUUCAGGAAGAGUUCUCCCCCAGUCAGGAGAGGGUCCAGUGGGCCAAAGAGCUCAUUGCUGCUUUUGAUCAACAUCAGAAAGAAGGAAAGGGUGCGUUCACCUUCCGCGGCAGCAUGAUCGACUUGCCCUCGCUGAAGCAGGCUCAAAACAUUGUGACGCUUGCUGACGCGAUGCCACAGGAGUAACACGGGCUUUGAGGAGGAACAUGGAGGCACCAGAACACCAAAACCUAGUGAAAGGAGCCUGAAGACAAACUUCAUAAACCAAGUCCCGCUGCCGCAUACGAGCCAGUGGAAACUGUAAUUUACUUUAGUUGUUGUGCAGUAUUUUAAUUUUACACAAUUUUUAUUUCUUGUCUCACACCUGAGUUAAACAAACUGCUCAGGAGCAUCGCAGGCUGGAUGGAAAACAGUAGAUGUUUUUUUUUCCAAAGGUAUUCAGUCAACAGUUGAACUCCGAAAAUGAACUCCAGGACGAGUUGAGCAAAGAAGUCACAAAUGAAAGUACAAAAGGGGUCUUUGUAGAGCGCUUGUCCACGUCCGGCUCGCUGAGACUGCGUGUGAAGUGGGUGUGAUGCUCGAAUGAGACAGAUUAGUGGCCAUGUUGCUCCAGCAGACCAGGACCGAGGCUUUGUCUCUCUGACUGCGGAUGGGAGGAUAAUUGGGGGGGUGUUGAAUGGUUAAUAGUGCCGUUGGUGACCAUGGUAAUGAAAGGCACCAUACCUCCUUUCUGCCCCACCUCAUCCACUCGUCUCUCCCUUUUUCUCUCUUGCCGUAUGACGUAUUGUGUCUGGGGCAGAGCUGGUGUCGGUGCCAGGCCGGGCCAGACACAAAAAAAGACAGAAGCCACUCCAGCGUCCGGCCAAACACCCCGUCAGUAAGCCGACUCUUUGGCAUCCGGCCACGUAUGUCUGUCAGCCUUGGAUCACAUGGACACAGCAUGUUUGUUUCACUAAUUAAACACAAUGGAAUAAAUCAUAACCACAAUUUAAAACAUUCAUAUUGACAAUCAAACAUAUUUUGUCGUUUAUUGGUUAUAAAAUUACAAAAACAAAUGUGUAUUUUGUUACAAUGGAAAAUGUUGCAAUUAAAAACAGAAAUCAUUUCUA